UACAGCUAGCGAAAGGGGAUUAAGGACGAGAGCUGUGUAAGUUAAAUUGUGUUGCAUAUAAAAAUGGGCGGAUUGGUGUAUAGAUGAGAGACUGGUACCACCUUCCUUUCUAAAAUAAAAUCUCUCUGGCAUGAAGUCACAGCCUAUUUCACAUCCGGUUUACCCCGGGACUGUCUUGAAAUAGAGGAAAGAAGACGAAGAAGAAGAAGAAGAAGAAAAAAACAAGCUUUGUUGUAGCUAUUAAAUCCAAACUAGAUCGGAAUUCGGGGGGUUGCGUUUCGAGGAGGGGAGGUAGCGAUGCGCUUGUUAUUGCUCCUGCUAGAUGAGUGAGAGGCAGGGCCGUGGAGAGUUCCCCAGCAUCAGCAGCCCCUGGCUCUUCCAAGUCACUUUCAUCAGACUGGAUUUCUCAAGCGACCUUCUUCCCUUCACACUCCUGAAAUUUCCAAGCAUCCUUUGCACAGAAGUGUCAUAGACAACACAUGUCUUAGGGGAGAGGAGACGAUUUGGUGAUACUGGUAUUUCACUAGGAGAUUUUUAGCUCAGAAUGUUCACAAUGAGGAAGAAAAACAACUCCAUUGAUUGUCUUUGGGCCUGUGCACUUAUUUUAAAUACAUUUACAGAAGUAAGUUGUGGACAAAGCUUGGAGGAUGAGAUUAGAGACAAUACUACAGUUUUCACAAGGAUUCUGGACCGUCUUCUAGAUGGCUAUGAUAACCGUUUAAGACCAGGAUUGGGAGAACGUGUAACUGAAGUGAACACAGACAUCUUUGUCACCAGCUUUGGACCAGUUUCUGAUCAUGAGAUGGAAUACACUAUUGAUGUAUUUUUUCGUCAAGGCUGGAGGGAUGAAAGAUUAAAAUUCAAGGGUCCAAUGACGGUACUCCGCCUAAAUAAUUUAAUGGCUAGUAAAAUUUGGACACCAGACACUUUUUUUCAUAAUGGAAAGAAGUCUGUGGCUCAUAAUAUGACAAUGCCAAACAAACUGUUACGAAUAACAGAAGAUGGAACUCUUCUUUAUACCAUGAGAUUGACUGUAAGAGCUGAAUGCCCAAUGCAUUUGGAAGACUUUCCUAUGGAUGCCCACGCUUGUCCCUUGAAAUUUGGCAGCUAUGCAUAUACAAGAGCCGAAGUGGUUUAUUCAUGGACACGAGAACCAGCACAAUCUGUUGUAGUUGCUGAAGAUGGCUCACGGUUGAAUCAAUAUGACCUUUUAGGCCAGACUGUUGCAUCUGGAAUUGUCCAGUCUAGUACAGGUGAAUAUGUUGUCAUGACAACUCACUUCCACUUGAAGAGAAAGAUUGGUUACUUUGUAAUUCAAACCUACUUACCAUGUAUUAUGACCGUUAUAUUAUCUCAAGUCUCCUUCUGGCUCAACCGAGAGUCUGUCCCUGCGAGAACUGUAUUUGGCGUAACAACAGUACUUACUAUGACCACUUUGAGCAUCAGUGCCAGAAACUCUCUUCCAAAGGUAGCAUAUGCCACAGCCAUGGACUGGUUCAUUGCAGUAUGUUAUGCAUUUGUGUUUUCUGCAUUGAUCGAAUUUGCAACUGUGAAUUAUUUUACAAAACGAGGUUAUGCAUGGGACGGAAAAAGUGUGGUUCCAGAAAAGCCAAAAAAAGUGAAGGAUCCUCUCAUGAAGAAGAAUAACACAUAUGCUUCUGCAACUGCAAACUACCCACCAAUAGCUCGAGAUCCUGGCUUGGCAACCAUUGCUAAAAGUGCAACAAUAGAACCAAAAGAGAUUGACCCAAAACCAAAGCCUGCAGAACCCAAGAAAACAUUCAACAGUGUCAGCAAAAUUGACCGACUAUCAAGAAUAGCAUUUCCACUCCUGUUUGGGAUCUUUAACUUGGUCUACUGGGCCACGUAUCUAAAUCGGGAGCCAGCAAUUAAACCAUCAGCUCCACCUCAAUAACCCAUCAGCUCAUAUGUUCAUGUUCUGUCUUUUGCACUGGGAAUGUUUUUCCAGUAUUUAAAAUGGAGUAAUUCCCAUUUGCCAUAUUGCCUCUGUCUUAAGGAAGCUGAAGGUUUGCUGAAAUCUGAAAAUAGUCAAAUAUGAAAUAAUCAACAAGGAGACCUAUGCUUAAUGCCAUGGUUCAUAUAUGGUGUUUGUACAAUACAGUAGGCAUCUUUGAAUUAUGUUUCUGAGGCUGAUGUUGUGAAAGCUGGUCUCAAGCUAGAAUAUAUCAAAUACCGUGUUGGUUAAAUUCCUAGGAGUUAGAAAUGUGUCCAGUUUACCAUAUUAACAGUAUAUAGUUUGCAGGGAUAUGUAUUAUGUGUUUAGAUUACAAGAGCAAAA